AUGGAAAGUAAGAACCUCACUUUUUUCACCGAGUUCAUCCUCCUCGGAUUUUUGGGCCACCCGCAGCUGGAGGUCUUCCUUUUUGUGGUGGUGUCCGUGAUCUACACAGUGACCCUCUUCGGAAAUCUCUUCAUCUUGGCAUUGACUUGCUUUGAUUCUCGCCUCCACACCCCGAUGUACUUUUUCCUCAGCAACCUGGCCUUCUUGAACAUCUGUUACACAUCUGCUGUGGUCCCCAAGAUGCUCAUCAACUUCUUAGCUACCAAGAAGACCAUCUCGUAUCGCCUGUGCAUCACCCAAGUGUACAUCACACUUUUCUUGGGGGCGGCCGAGUGUCUUCUCCUCCUGGUGAUGGCGUUUGACCGGUACGUUGCCAUCUGCAACCCUCUGCAUUACACGGUGACAAUGAGCAAGAACAUCUUCCUUGCUCUUGCAAUCGGUGCCUGGGUCGGCAGCUUCCUGGUGUCCGUGGUCCCUUCCUUUAUGAUGCAGCUAUCUCUGUGCCAUUCCGUCAUCGACCACUUGUUCUACGAAGUCCCCGUUCUCCUCCAGUUGGCCUGUCCCAGGGACGACACGUCGACCAACGAAGCCAUGAUGGUUGCAGGGAGCACCUUCACCUUGCUCAUGCCAUUCAUCUUGAUCCUGCUGUCGUACGUCCGCAUCAUCGUCGCCAUCCUAAGGAUCUCUUCGGUGGACGGGAAGCAGAAAGCAUUCUCCACUUGCUCAGCUCACAUCACUGUUGUUACCAUCUACUAUGGAAGCGGGAUGUUUAUGUACAUGAGGCCCAAGGCUAGCUAUUCAGCCAAGAAGGAUAAGCUGAUCUCUCUUUUCUACUCGGUGAUCAACCCCAUGUUGAACCCCAUCAUAUACAGCCUGAGGAACAAUGAUGUGAAGGACGCCCUCGUGAAAGUGCUGAGGAGAUCCAAAGCACCCUAG